AUGUCUAGCACACCUCCAUUCCAGACGUCAGCCUGUGCAGGCGUCGCAGAGGAUUUGGCCUUACUUAGGGAGUCUUUGGCAAGACAACCCGUGGUAGGGGAACCGCCCACAUCCGUUCGCAAAUUGCUGAAGCCACGAAAACCUAAAAAGAAUAAUAUAUUGGCAUGUUCCACCCUUCGUCCUCAUGUUCUUGCAUGUGAUCGUGUUCGUGUUUGGUCCGCUCCUCACUCUACAUCUUUCCAUUCCUCAGUUCUCUCACACCUUCCUUUCGACGAUGUUCUCAAACUCCUUGACGUUAUGUUGAUCUCUAUCAAGGUCAAGACACGCGAGAACUAUGGAGCUGGACUCCUUAGAUUUCAUCAAUAUUGUGACUCAAGGAGGAUCCCAGAGCAGUUACGCAUGCCGGCACCAGACCACCUCUUGGCCUCAUUCAUCGCAUCAUGGGCCGGGAAAGUCGCUAGCUCGACCGUGCACAACUGGCUCGCUGGUAUCCACUUCUGGCAUAACCUCCAUGGUGCACCUUGGCAUGGUAGAGUACUACUGCGCACAGCGACUUCCGGUCUCGCUAAGGUGAGACCACGCAGACCCCCAGUUACCCUAGAACACAUGCACGCUCUUGUUUGCCUUCUUGACUUAUCCAACACUUUUGAUGUGGCCGUUCUUGCUGUUGCUUCCACUGCUUUUUGGUCUUGCUGCAGACUUGGGGAGUUGUUAAUUGACUCUGCUAAUUCCUUCGAUCCUACACAUCAUACACCGCGAAACGCGCCUUUACGACAUGGUCGAGCUUCAAUGGGUGUACCUUACAUCAUUCUGACGAUACCGUGGACUAAGACAACACAUGGUGAAGGCGCAAACCUUAUUGCUUCGGGGGUGGAGGACCCCUCAAAUCCGGUUUCAGCAAUCAUGCAUCACCUCUCAGCCAAUGCUUCAGUACCUGAUUCAGCUCCCUUCUUCGCAUUCAAAACAGAUCAAGGCAGCUGGGCGCCCAUGACACGGACUUGGUUCGUUAACCGCUGUAACAAAAUCUGGAAGAUUGCUGGCCUCCCUGGGUUAUCAGGACAUUGCUUUAGGAUUGGUGGAGCCACAGAACUGCUCUUGAGAGGAACACCACCCGAUGUAGUCGCAAUGCAAGGGAGAUGGAAGUCUAGAGCCUUCCUCGAGUAUUGGAGAAAGAUCGAUUCAAUUUUGCCAGUUUUUAUAACUUCAUCCUUUUCAGAUUCCCGUAUUGCAAUGAUAAAUUCUUCUAUGAACGCCUUUUCUUGUCGUUACCAGUAG